AUGGCGCCCGCGUUUCUCGCUGCAAUUGACCCCGCCACAUUCGCGCAGUCGCAGUCGCAGUCGCAGUCGCAGUCCCAGUCCCAGUCGCAGCUGGGCCUUAGCCCGCAGGCGCUGUCGUUCGUCGGCCAUGUCUUCGCGCAGGUCGCAGACAGCACCGUCGACCAGACCCUCGCUCACCUGCAGCAGUCGGUCGGCCGCCUCGCCAGCUACCUCGGCGUCGCCGACGUUUCCUCGGCCGAUGACGUCGUAUCGCUCCUCGACGCCGGCGCUGCAAAGGUCUUCGUCACGCGGACCCAAUUGGACGCAUUGAAGGCCAAGAGCAUCGACCAGGACCGGCUGGUGCUCUGCCUGCCGGGCAACAGCCGCGACGAGAUCAUCAACGCCAUUGCCGGUACCCAAGUCGACAUCUAUGCCCACCAGAUCGAGGACGUCGCCCUGCUCGAGGCAUGGCUCAACGAGUACGGCACCGACAGGCCCGACGUCUUUGUAUCCUUCGCGACGCCAGAGCUCGACAGCGUCCAGCGCAUCGCAAAGCUCUCGGCCAUCCCCAUCGUCCCCGCCGCCGCCCUCACCGUCGACGGCCAAAAGGAGCCUUCGUCGAUCAGCGUCGCCAAGCUCGUCAUGGCCAAUGCGACCAGCGACCGACCGGACGGCCUGUUCACAACCCUCGUCACUGACGAGCGGGGCACGGCGCUGGGACUGGUAUACAGCAGCGAGGAGAGCGUGGCAGAGAGCCUGAGGACCGGUCGCGGCGUGUACCAGAGCCGCAAGCGCGGUCUGUGGUACAAGGGUGAGAGCAGCGGAGAUAUUCAAGAGCUCGUUUCGCUGGCACUGGACUGCGACAACGACUGUCUGCGGUUCGUCGUCCGCCAGAAGGGACGCGGCUUCUGCCACUUGGCCACGCCGACCUGCUUCGGCCAGUACAGCGGGCUGUCCAAGCUGCAGAAGACGCUCCAGGACCGCAAAGAUUCUGCCCCCGAAGGCUCGUACACUGCACGGCUGUUCAACGACUCGCAACUGCUCAGGGCCAAGAUCUUGGAGGAGGCUGCCGAGCUCUGCGAUGCCACAACGAAGGAGCACAUCGCCUUUGAGGCCGCCGACCUCUUCUACUUUGCCCUGACCAAGUGCGUCGCUGCCGGUGUAUCGCUGGAGGAUGUCGAGCGCAACUUGGACGCAAAGAGCAUAAAGGUGAAGAGGCGGCAGGGAGACGCCAAACCCGCAUUUGCUGCGCAGGCGGCAGCCGCGACCAAUGGUACAAAUGGCACAAGCGGCACGAAGCCUACCGAGGAGAAGUUUAAGGAGGCUGCCUCAGUGCCGAAGAGCAAGGACGACUCGGCUGGCAUCAAGAACGGACGCAUCGCUAUGAGGAGAUACAUCGCCGCCGACGAGACAUCCGAGACAAUUGCUUCUGUGCUGCAGCGACCUUCGCAACGAUCGACUGACAAGAUCCUUGAGAUCUGCCGGCCCAUCAUCGAGAACGUCAAGACAAACGGUGACAGGGCGCUGCUCGAGUACACUCACAAGUUCGAAAAGGCAACUUCCUUGACAUCGACCAUUUUGAAGGCACCCUUCCCUCAGGAACUUAUGCAACUAGCACCGGAGACCGCCAAGGCUAUUGACGUUUCUUUUGAGAACAUCCGCAAGUUCCAUGCCGCUCAGAAGGAGGACAAGCCCCUGACGGUCGAAACAAUGCCAGGCGUCGUAUGCUCGCGAUUUGCCCGACCGAUCGAGAGGGUUGGUCUCUAUGUUCCUGGUGGUACCGCUGUUUUGCCUUCCACCGCUCUGAUGCUGGGUGUGCCCGCUAUGGUAGCAGGAUGUAAGACAUUGGUCAUUGCCACACCACCGCGUUCGAACGGCAAGGUGACCCCGGAGGUUGUCUACGCCGCGCACAAGGUCGGCGCAUCAGCCAUUGUUCUUGCAGGUGGCGCACAGGCUGUCGCAGCGAUGGCUUACGGCACAGAGAGCGUACCCAAGGUCGACAAGAUCCUUGGCCCUGGUAACCAGUUCGUCACUGCAGCGAAGAUGUUCGUUUCUAACGACACCAACGCUGGAGUCAGCAUUGACAUGCCUGCUGGCCCCAGUGAACUCCUGGUGGUUGCGGACAAGACGGCUGACCCAGCCUUUGUUGCUUCGGAUCUGCUGAGUCAGGCUGAGCACGGUGUCGAUUCUCAGGUCAUCUUGAUCGCAGUCGGACUGAGCGAGACUCAAUUGAGCGCGAUCGAGGAUGAACUUCACAAGCAGGCCGUUGCUCUCCCACGUGUUGACAUCGUCCGUGGAGCCAUCGAACACUCUAUCACGCUGGCUGUCGAUGACAUUCAGGAGGCUAUGAGACUGAGUAACGAGUACGCACCAGAGCACCUGAUUCUCCAGGUUGAGGACGCGGAGAAGGUUGUGGACCUAGUCGAGAACGCCGGCAGUGUGUUCGUUGGCCACUGGACACCAGAGUCUGUCGGUGACUACAGCGCCGGUGUCAACCACUCCCUUCCCACCUACGGAUACGCAAAGCAGUACUCCGGAGUCAACCUAGGCUCCUACAUCAAGCACAUCACCAGCGCGAACCUCACAAGGCAAGGUCUUGAAAACGUCGGCGCUGCAGUCAUGGAGCUUGCACGCGUAGAAGAGCUCGAGGCUCACCGUCGCGCCGUGAGCUUGCGCCUGGGCGUAGCUUGA